UCAUAGGGUACGUUUUCUCUUGGAGAAAACGUACCCGGGUACGUUUUCUCCUGGAGAAAACGUACCCUAGAGAUUGGGUACGUUUUCUCCUGGGUACGUUUUCUCCCGGGUACGUUUUCUCCUGAUACCCCAAUUUUUUGGGAAGCCUGUAAAAAGUAUUGGAAAAAAAAAUUGAAGUCGGCGCACCCCCUUUGCAGUUAGGGCAAAACUUUAAAGAGGUCUUAAAGAAAUGUCUUCUUCAGUGAAAUCAGAGAACCUUUUCCAAAAGAAAUCAUGUGUUGUUGUGUGUGGAGCCAGCAGAGGUCUUGGUGAAUGUAUUUCCAUAACAUUUGCUAAGAAAUUUCUAACUGGCUCUGUCUUUAUCCUUCUUUCUCGUGAUGGAAAAGCUCUUGAAAAUGUGAAGACCAGCCUCCAAUCUGAAUGUCCUGAUCAGCUGUGCAUAACAAAGGUAUUCGAUCAAGGCAUUAUGCAACAGGAAAACUUUGAGUGUUUAUUUGAUGGAAUUGUACAAAGCAACAAUAUUUCUCUAGCUGAUUUGGAACAAGUUGUAAUGGUUCAUUGUGCUGGUACACUAGGUGACAUCACAAAAUACUGCAAGGAAAUGACUGACCCCAAGAAAGUUAGAGAAAACUUUGACAUCAAUGUUGUUGGCACUAUACUGCUAAAUUCAGCAUUCCUGAAAGCUUUCAAAGAUGUUGGAAGUAAAGUCAUCAUCAACAUUUCAUCUCUAGCAGGAAUACAGCCUUUUAAAUCAUGGAGUCUCUACUGUUCAGGCAAAGCUGCUAGGGACAUGUUUUUCCGGACUUUGGCUCUGGAAGACCCGGAUAUACUGGUCCUGAAUUAUGCACCAGGCCCUUGUGCAACAGACAUGCAGAAAGAUUGUCGAGAACAGUCAGCAGAUCCUGAAACUAAACAAAUGUUUAUUGAUGCAUUGAAUUCAGGAGGGCUGCUCUCUCCGCAGACUUCCAUUGACAAAUUAUGUGAAGUUUUGACAUCCAAAUUUGAGUCAGGAGCACACAUUGACUUUUAUGAUGAAAUAAAGCAAUGAACCCCGCUAACUGGAAGGCUGGACUUUAUUUAUAAACUAUGAAAUAUGAACUAUGUUGUGCAUCAUGACUUCUAAAAUAGAAAAAUUAUGUUUGCUUCUAUGUUACAGUAAUUUAAUGACAGAUGAAAAGUGCACGUGAAAAUGGAAUUUGCAAUGAUAAUAUGCUUGACACUCUUGAAUGGUAGUGUGGUGAAUUUUAACAUUACCUCACCAAUGAAAUAUAUUUUUAAGUUCAAAGUUCACUAGGUCAAAUUAUUGUAGAAGCAUUCUAAUGUUCUGAAGUCUUAAAUUUGUCCUUUCUGUGACUUUGGGGGUCAAAGAGGUCUACAAAGGGUAGGGAUGACCAAUGGCUCCAAACAUUAGGUCCUUUGUAUUAUGGAGGCUCAUCUUUGCUAUAAACCAAGGGUUCAGUUUGUUUACUCAGUUGGCCAUUGUUGCUUAUCUGAGCAUUGUGGGCCUUGUGUACCUUUUAAGAAUAAGAGUAUUAUUUGUUAAAUUGUGUUUUGUGGUUUUUUAAAAUAGGUAAUGGCUGCUUUUUUAGAUGUAUACACUUUUUCUCUGACAUCUUCCAAGUACAGUGUGUGUGUCUUGUAUUGAUGAACAUAUUCAUGUCAUGUACCGUACCAGUAUUUUGUUUCUAUAAUAUACAUUCCAUCAGAAUGCUUUUGUUCACUUUUUCUUCUUAUUACAUGUAGUUUAUUGCUAUUGUUGUUGUUAUUUGUAUAAAACUUUAAAUGUACAACUGUUUUAU